CUUUAUAAGACUUUAGUAUGCAUAGCGUUUAAUACUCUCGCACCCAGCUUGAAAGUUACUUUUUACUCUUCCUACCCGAUUCGCACCAAUCCCACCAUCUACUCUCAUACAUCGAGACCAUGGGCUUCGAGAACCACCAGAAGGAGGUCCGGGACCACUUCCCCGCCCUCCAGCAGAACCAGGUCUACCUCGACAACGCCGGAGGCAGCCAGACGCUCGGCACCGUCAUCGACUCCAUCCGGGACUACCUCACCGGAACCAAUGUGCAGCUUGGUGCCUCGUACGUCGUGAGCAAGAAGUCUACUGCUCUCUAUGGAGCCGCAUACAAGGCUGCUGCCAAGUACAUCAACGCCAACCCAGAUGAGAUUGUCUUCGGCUCGUCAACCACUCAGCUGUUCCGCAAUCUGUCUUAUGCUCUAAAGUUCAACCCGGGAGACGAGAUUGUAGUCUCUUGGAUUGAUCAUGAGGCCAACAUUGCUUCGUGGCUGGACCUGGCCGAGCGGCAGAACCUUGUCCUCAAGUGGUGGAAGCCAAAGCCCAGUCUGAAUCCCGAACUUCUUGCCAGUGACUUGACUGCACUCCUAUCGCCCAGGACAAGGCUGGUGACUUGUACCCAUGCGAGCAAUCUCCUGGGGACAAUCACUGAUGUGAAGGCUGUGGCCGCGGCCGCGCAUAGUGUCGGCGCUUUGCUCUGCGUUGAUGCCGUGGCGUAUGCCCCUCACCGGCCUAUCGAUGUAAAGGAUCUGGGGGUUGAUUUCUACUGCUUUUCUUGGUACAAGGUAUAUGGACCUCAUAUAUCCAUGCUCUAUGGCAGCUGGAGUGCGCAAACCCAUGUGAGACCUCUGGGACACUUUUUCAAUCCUUCCGUCUCUCUGGAAGAUAAAAUUGGCCUAGCGGGUGGAUCAUAUGAGUUGCUUCAGGCUGUUCCACACGUUGUCGAGUAUCUAGAAUCGAAAUGGGACAAUAUUAUCUCUCAAGAACUCCAGCUACAGACUACUCUUCUAAACUAUCUCAAGCAGCAGCCAAAUGUAGUUAUUUAUGGCACUCCGGAUAGCAGUGUUCGUGCCCGAGUCGCAACGAUUAGCUUCUCCGUCAAGGGAUUGAGCUCCCAGGAAAUGGUGGAACAAGUCGAAAGCAAAACGCCAUAUGGUUUCCGUUACGGAACUUACUACUCAGAACGACUGGCUCGAGAAACUUUAGGGUUGGCUAAAGAUGGUGCUGUGAGGAUUAGCAUGGUGCAUUACAAUACAUUGGAUGAAAUCGAGGGGCUUAUCAAGGCAUUGGAUGAGGUUAUUAAAAGUUCUAUUAAUACUAAAACAUCUAAGCUUUAAAGUAUAUGGAUGAAAGGAUGGAAGCAGCAUAAAUACUGACAGUUACCUACCUAGACGGCAGGAGAAGAUUGGGAGAUACAAACGAAGAGUAGGAAAAAAAAAAGCACAUGCAGAUACUGAUAUACAUCUUACUAAGAAGGGGCUCUACACGAGCAAUAUACAAAAUUAAAGAAAAUGAC